GAUCGGCUCUGGUUCCUUUGGUUUUGUAUGGCAUGCCCGGGACCAGAUUCGUCGAGAGGUCGCCAUUAAAGUCAUUAACAAACGCAUGUUCCUCGAUGCGUUCACAGAAGAUGAUUCCAACAAUUGUCGCUCAUUACGUUGCAAUUCAAAGCACUGGUCAAUUACUAAAUGCUUUUACCGACGACUAUAACAUCUACUCCGUGAUGCCGUAUUAUCUGCUUGACCUACGGUAAUUUCUCUUGAAGAUGGGAUGCCUACCUGCUGACACUCUUCAGCUUUGGACAGCGGAAUUGAUGCUCGGUCUGAAAAAUAUACACGACGCAGGGAUAAUCCAUUGCGACUUGAAGCCCGAGAACGUGCUGUUGACACCAUCCGGCCAUGUUGCCAUUGGUGAUUUCGGCUUCUCUGUAAGCACGACGGAGACUCGUGGACCAAUUGGAAUGGGAACGCUUGGAUAUAUUGCGCCAGAGUUGGGUAGUUGCAGGGGGUUAGUGGGGCCGAGCUGCAAGUCCGACAUAUACGCACUUGGGAUAGUCAUACUUGAAAUGUGGAUUGGUACUGGCGAGAAUUGGUAUGAUUUGAUGGCCAAACGCCGACGGCGACCCAACUGCUAUAAUUCGGAAAGGAAGCCAAACGAACCUUCCGCGGAUCUGACGAAACCUCAGCAUCUUCUGAAGGUGGUCGAUGAUGGAGAUGCAAUGGAUCUUGUUCAUACGGUGCGUGUGUUUCCUUUCCUUUCUUCUCUUAAUUCUUGUCUUUCCUAGGAUAGCGGCUCUUGCUGGCGGUCACCUAGAUGCUACUAGAUGAUUUGGAGUGCAGAGCCGUUUGGCAAGACAUCUUCCGCAAUCCGUACCUCACUAGCCUUGAUAUGGC